GCGGCUGAUAGACUAAUCUAAAUUUGUAUCGUGGGAAAUUGGUUGUGAAAUUGGUUUUGAGUGAGCGGCGCUUAAGCUUCAGCUAAAUUGAAGACGACGAUGACCAGGACGACGGUUACAGCGACGACAGUAAUGGCCACAUCAACUGAACAUCGUAUGAUAAGUAAACAUACUCCAGUUCCAUUCCUACUCGAAGCUUUUCCUGUACCACCCUCACACAUCCCAGUCUCUCCAGUCUCACCAGUCUCCAAUAAUCCACCACCAUCACUACCACCAACUGCACCACUUCCGCCACUACCAGGUCCAUCCGAUACAGUCCUUUUCGUUCGCAGAAACUCUUCAAUACGCUCUAUAUCUUCUUCUAGUUCAGAUCCCCACUCUCCUAUAAGAACUAGAACUAGAAAUGGAAGCCUUUCAAGUUUACGCUCAUUCCAUAGCGCAACAAGAAAACCUUCCUACGAUCUAACACAUACAAUAUCAGAAGAAGGCCCUUACAACAUCCCAGAUGCACUCAAACCUGCUUUCAUCCUCCCCUCCCCACCAGACAGACCUCGCUCAACAAGCCCAGACGUUUCAGCUAUCAUACAAGCAACUCCACGUCCACGCUCGCGCCCUCGUUCGCGUCCUAAUAAGUCACGUUCGAGGACAAACAGUCUUAAUGGGUAUAGAUCUUCAGGGUCGUCAAAACACUUGCCCAAUCCUCACGAGUUCGAAGUUGAAGUAGAAGACCAAGAUGCCCCCGACUCCGAUUCGAGCAUCGAUCUCCACACCCCUUUGCCCCAUCUCAUGCUUCGACACGGUCUCCUCUCUCCCCACUCAAAACUCCUCCCGUCAUCUCCUCCAGCCCCAAAUCGUCUCUCCAUUGCCUCAAAUUUAUCACAAGCGUCCCUCAAGUCCAACUUCUCAAACCAAUCAGACGCGUCACUGCUCACCAAUAGUUCCACCGGAAGUAAGCAUCCAAAGGAUUCGAGGGACACACCUGGUAGACGCGUCAGGCAUCGUGAUGGAAGGUUGUUGAGAGGAGGUAUUGGCCUCACAACUGGUUUGGGAUGGAGUGAUAGAACGGCGGUUGGCGCGGAGACACCGCCCCGUCGAAGAUCAAGGGUCUUUGCAUCACCGAUAGGCCACACGCCGAGUUCUCCGAAGACGAAGACGCCCCCUCCCCACUCACACGCCGUCUCUCAGCGCUCAACCUCUCCCGACGCUCAUCCGCCACGUCCAUAUCCACAUCCCAAUCUUACUCCUCCCUCCGCUCCCCACACCCCCUCUCACGCAGCAUCUCCCAUUCUAUCCUUCGCGAAGAAGAGGGCGAAGAAGAAGUGGAUGAAUUCGGCCGCGUCGUCCGAGCAGGCGACUUUGCGCGCACAGACGGCCGCGUCAUCCUCGACGGACAAUUCUCCAAAAGCCUCCCACCCAGAACCAAGCCUCUCACCUCCCGUCCCAAAUCUCGCCCUUACAAACUCAAAGACGGUGAGGCACGAGUCCCAGUCCCAGUCCCAAUCCCACUUGAAGACGAGAUGGACGGCGUGACUCCCACCCGCGCAGACUUUCGCAAUAGCGCAGGGUCGAGCUCUAGUGGACUCGGGACGGGUGCAGGUGGUGGGACUGGUAAUGGCUCGAGCACCGCUUCUACUUCC